AUGUCUCGUAAUAGAUGUGAUGGUUUACUUGCGAAAGUAGAUUUUCCUCUUUACACACUCCAGACCCUCACAGACCGUCAUGUCCUCGUCGCAGGAGGCGGUGGAGCGUCAAAUACAGGCGUAGCAAAUGGUUUCGAAAUUUUCGAGUUAUCCUACAAUGGCACAAAAUUUGUCGCCGAAGAGGUGAUGAGAUACGAAACUGGUCCGAACGUCGUGAUGACAUGUUCCGUUCAGAACGUCGAAGAUCGUAUCUAUCUGGCGGCCGGGCAGGAGAGUCAUUGUCAGUUAUAUAAAGUCAAUGUGAAAAUGGUGGACCCUGCAGAGAUGCGUCGCGGGAGCUUCAGGGCGGAGAAUGGGCUCGUGCGUCGGCGACGAACAGUCUCAGAGAAUGAUAACAUAUCAAAAAAUAGUGGCCCAGAGAAAAGAAUGUCUUUCGAAAUAAGGCCAUGUGACAGUGUACAAACUGACUUUGGUAAAGAUCCCUUACAGAGGGUGGUAACAAUCAGCCAUGAUGGUAAGCUGAUGGCAACUGGAGGUGUCGACGGCAAAGUUAGACUGUGGUCAUUUCCUAAAAUGCAACUAUUAUUUGAAUUAAACGGUCACACCAAAGAGUUGGACGACCUAGAUUUCAGUCCAUGUAGUAAACAGCUGGUGAGUAUCGCCAAGGAUGGAUUGCUGUUGGUGUGGAACGCUAAGACUGGUGGCGCUCCGCAGAUGAAGCUGAGCUGUCCGGAGACGCACGGCGGCCGGUAUUUGUUCAGGAGGUGCAAGUUCGGGGCGAUAGAAGACGUGAAGGGAAAAUAUCGCAUGUUCACGAUCGCGAAUCCACUGACGCGCUCGGGGAAGGCGCGCGGUCUGCUGCAGCAGUGGGAGCCGGUGAGCGGGCAGGUCUGCCGCACCGUGGUCGUGGCCGAGUCCCUGUCCGCGCUGGCCGUCAGGGAUGAUGGGCGGUACGUGGGCGUGGGCACCAUGUUCACUGGAUCCAUACACAUAUACGUGGCGUUCAGUUUACAGCGCGUGUACCACGUGUCGGGUGCCCACGGUAUGUUCGUGACGGGCGUGCAGUGGGCGCGCGCGGCGUCCCUCCCACACUGCGAGGCCGCGCUGCUUUCCAUCUCCGUCGACAACCGACUGGUUGUCCACACGCUGCCAUCACCAGGGUCGAUGCCGGCCUGGGUCGCCGUGCUGCUCAUCAUCUUCGUGUUGUUCUGCACCUUCUGUCUCUGUUCAUAUCUGGGCAUCUAA